GGCAACAUAAUUUCUGCUACAAACAGGCUUCCAUCGAUGGACAAGUUUGUCGUUCGGCUUCCGAAGGGAGAAACACCCAAACAACCGAAGAGCGACGAGAGAGUUUACAAACAAGCGACAAUUGAGUCUCUACGGAGAGUAGUUGUAAUUGAGGACAUCCUACGUUACAAGUCGACGCUAGAACUGCCAGAUCAGAGCAAGGAGAACUUGAUGGACGCCCUGACUGAGCUGAGCAAGAAGAUCCCGUCCAAAGAAGUGCUCAGGUCCACUAAAAUAGGUCACACUGUCAACAAAGUACGGAAGCAUCCAGACCCUGAGGUGAGUUAUCUGGCAGCAAAAGUUUACACUGACUGGAGGACUUUCAUUGAGGAGAAUUCAAAUAAGCCGUCUAUUGAAGUGCGCUCAGACAAACAGUCUGAAGCACUCCGGAGCAACGCUAGGAGACUGCUGUCUGAAGCACUGGAGGUCAAGGAGGACUCUGGUCUGAUAGACAACAUCGAGAGAGAAGUUUUUCAUCGGAGCUCCCGGUUAGUCAGCAGCUCAUACAGACGGACGAUCAGGGCGCUCGUGUUCGCCUUCAAACACAACCCUGACAUCAGGAGUGAAGUAAAGGACGGCAAAAUAUCAGUCAACCAGCUGGUUUCUAAAUACAAAAAAUAAGUGAAUACAAAGUUGUACUGUGACUCGGACCUCUUAUGGAAGAAAUUUUAAUACCUGUGAAUUGUUUUAAAUUUAUUUUUAGUUUUUAAUUGUGUUCUCUGUUGGCUGAGAAAAUACACAAUAUUUUUAUAUUUUGAGGCACAUCAGUAAAUGUGUGCUGUUUUAAGAGGAAAUGCUCAAAUUUUAAUAUGAAAAGCAGACCUCCACUUACACAAUACCGUACCAUAUUUCAUUAAUUUUGUUUUAAAACUGAAUGAAAAAAAUGUCAAUUAAAUACAAAAUUCAUGGAUGAAAUUUGGUUUGUAAAUAUACAUGUUUCAUAAUUUAGAAUUGUUAUAAUAUUUUUUUUUGUGUGUUGUCUUAGAGGUUUUUGCAUUAAAGGUUUUAUUCACCAAUUAUUUAGCACAGUGGUGCCCAAAUGUAGUCCUGCAACUUUUAGAUACAUCCCUUCUCAAACACACCUGAAUUAAACAAAUGGCUCAUUAAGGGGCAUAUGCAGAACAGAAUAACCAAAUCUGAGGGAUUUCAGUCAUUUGAGUCAGGUGUGAGAUAGAAUGCAUCUUAAAGUUGCAGGAUAGUAGCUCUUGACUAGGUCACUGCUGGAUUAGUACAUUAACAGCGCUGCAACGAUACUUCUGGGAGAUAAAUUGUAUCUAACACUAGUGACACUUUAUAUGAGUACAAUAUGUUUUCCAAAGACACUUUAUCAUGACAAGUGGAGAAGAACAGAUCAAACUUCUUUGUGGAUUCACCUUGCCAGUUCAACUUUGUGUGAAAAUUAAAAAUCUUAAAAACAACCCUCCCCCCAAAAAAACCCACUGUGGCUCAAACAAAUGCAUGCACGCAGACACACACACACACACAGCCCUUGUUAAAAUAAGGUGUAAAAAUAGGACCUUAAUAAAUAAUUACAGAAUAUAUCAUUUUCAAACAUGAUAUAUUCUGUGCCAUUCAGUUGGAAAAACAAAUUUAUCAGAGGGGAGAACACACACACAAAAAGCUGGUUGCAUAAAUGCCCUUUAACCAGUGUUUUUUGCUAAGCCACUUUUGAUUUAGUUUCAGCAUUUAAUCUUGAAUUAAGUAGGUUUCCUUAGUAUGAAAGUUUACAAUUUCCUCAAACCUUGUGGACAAAUGUGCUAAGCUAAACAAAGUUUGAACCUGAACUUUUGAAAAAAAGCAUACUUCCAUUUACAUACCUCCAGAUCUUUUUAAUUAUUCUGUGUCAGAAUAAUCAAAGAGUAGUUAGUAAAAUGUCUUCUAAGAUUUUUUUUGGUUAUAGACCUUUUUCACGCUUCCCGGUUUGAAAGCGGAUGUGGGGUCGGACAACGUCCGGUGGCUAUAGCGUUAGCAUUACAAGGCUAGGAAAAUGGCUCAGUCUCGGCGCAGUUGUUUUUGUUCAGUCCCUGGUUGUUCAUGUGUGGCAAGAAAACAGCCUUAUCUGUCAUAUCAUGCGUUCCUGACGGACCCGGACCAACGGAGGCAGGGGAUCCAGGCGAUCCGAAGAGAUGAAGGUCCGGACUUUUGCAUAAAGACGGGGAGGACUUUCGUAUGUAGCCGCCACUUCACACCGGAGAGGAUUUUGUUAGCGGAUCCACCACAAGCCGCCUUAAAAGUGGAGCUGUUCCUUCCCUGUUUGCCUGGAAUAACUUGACUGCACCGGCAAUGAGAGAGUCUGCUUUCGAGAGGGCUAAGAAACGGCAGUUUGUCCUCUCAGAAAGCUAACCAGGCUGAAGAUGCUACUGCGGACCAUGACUACACGGCACAUCCACCCGCAGGUAAAAGAUAGUAUAUUGUAUAUAUUUUUCAUGUAAGAGAAUUUCAAUAAAAUAUAACUGUUGCUAUAAUAAUAUUAUUGUUAUCAUGAUCACAUAAUAAUGAAAUUAUGAGAUUAUGUGGUUAUGUAUUUGUGGAGAGAUUAAGUCAAUGGCUGUAUAGAUGGCUGAUCACAUCUAUACAUGCUAUCUAUGCUUUUCAAUCCACAGCACUAAGACUAAAAUAACCUUUUUUUUUUAAUGUUCCACUUUCUUUUUUACAGACCUUUGUAAAAGUAAAUUAUUUUUAAUGGUUGUAUAGAUGGCUGAUCACAUGUAUUGAUCUUCACAGAAGUAAGUCUACAAAGUAGACCAUGUUUUAUAUUAUAUUUAAUAGCAAAACAUUUUCAUAAAACCUUACAAAAACAAAAAUGAACUAAAAACAUCACAUUUUCAUCCCCCAAAGUACUCCUACAAAAUGUUUCAAUGUCUAUUCAGAAAGUAGCUUGAAAAAUUGUCUAAAGUGUUAUCACACUGCUAAAAAUUAUACAUACACAUAGUUCAACAACCACAUUUCAUAAAUUAACUAGUUAGCUUCUAGAAAGCCACAUUAAAUAUUUGGUUGCCAAAACACUUAAGUAGCAUCCCCAGCACAACUUGAGUCACAUUCAUUGAUGCAAGAUGGAUAGAAAACCUUACAUAGCUGACAGUUCCUUUAUGUAAAUGUGAAAAAUGUAUGUACAAAACAAUCAAAAGUACAAAAUGUUUGUAAAUUAAUCUGCACUGAGCUUGAAGUUAAAAUGUUUGUUAGUAGAACUUGGUUUAUUAUGACACAUUCAGAACGUUUCCUAGUGUACAUUACCUGCAAUGCUUUGCACAGAAUUGCAGGUAAGGUAUUUAGAGAGCAGUGUCAACAUCAUAAAAUUAU